AUGAGGAUUGAGAAUCUUCAUGUGCUGUGUACAACCUCGCAGAGGCGGAAGCAAGCCCAGGACUCUCUGCUACAGCUACUUGAGAAGCUGGAUGCGGAGCGGCGGUGUUGGGAGUGGGCGCGUUCAGUUAGAAUGAGGCAUUACGUGACGCUGGAGUGUCUGAAGAGGCCGGAGGACUCAGCGUGGAUGAAGACGUGGACCAAGGGCUCGGACACCAACUUUUGGUCGCUGACAAGCCUUACUAGAUCCACAUUCUGUAUGCUUCUCGAACGCUUUACCCCUCAUUACCACAUACCCCAGUACAGCAAGGAAGGAGGCCGCCCGCACAGACUGAAGCACCACCACCAAGUGGUCGGGUUGAUCCUCUGCUUUACACCGGCAGCAUGA